AUGUCGGACAGCAUCAAGGAGCUCGUCGAGAUUCCCCAGGCCUUCGUUAAGGAGGGCACCCACACUGGAAUGCUCCGGAAUUACUUGCCGACUUCAAGGGCUGGCCGCGGAAGAGCAGAAGCUGCGCUAGGUCUUAUCGUGGAAGCAACGACCCGUACAACAAGCACACAUGCCAGCUACCUUUUCGCCUGUCGAGCUGACCCGCAGUUCCUCAACCGGUGCACGAAGCCCACGAAGGCUGAGUACAUCCAGCUCUGCCGUGCCGUUGGUGUCGGAUUCCUCGUGAUGGGCUUCAUCGGAUACAUUGUCAAGGUCGUCCACCUUCCUAUUAACAACAUCCUUGUCGGAGGAGCGUAA